AUGUCUAGCAAGAUAAUGUAUGAUUUAAUCGACGAAUUUAAGUGUGCAGUAUGCUUUGAUUACAUGAAACCACCAAUCCGAAUGUGCGUAACCGGCCACAGCUGCUGCAAAUCCUGCUUUCAACGUAUGAAACAAUGUCCAGAAUGCAGAGGGAAAAAGAGCAAUUUCAGAAAUUUGAACCUUGAAAGGAUAUACUAUAAACUUGUGUUCCCCUGUGAAAACGCAGAGUACGGUUGCAAUGUCGUUGCCAAGGGAUUGGAGGUCAUGAAACACGAAGGCAAGUGCAGAUAUGGAUAUCUUCAAUGUCCGUUAACUGCUUAUGGAUGCUCAUGGUCGGGUGCGUACAAUACAAUGGAGGAUCAUUUAAAGGCGGAGCAUGAUUUCAGAAAUGAUAUACCUGACGAUUGUGAUUUGUUGGGUCUCGACGAUGGAGCCAAUUGUUGGAGACAGGUGCUAAAGUUCGACGGUCAUCUUUUCAUACUUUGCGUAGUAAAAGGAGAAACAAGUUUCUGGUUUGGGGUUUAUUCCCUCAUCAUUACUGAUAUUUCAUAUGAAUAUGAGCUAACUUUCAUGGAUUUUAAGGAGAAUAGGUCGGUCAGCUUCAAUGGGGUAUGUUCAACUCACAAAAUAUAUGCUACCGAAGAAUUAAACAUGGACAGCGUACAGAAUCAACCUGUAAGGUUGAUUGAGGGUUUCAGGGAAGGUGAUAGUCUUAAAUACAAAGUUAAAAUCUUUAAAAAACCUCAAGCACAUAAGUUCUAA